AACAUACAGCAGAGAGAGGGAAAGGGGUGUCACGGAGAGUCUACGUUGGCUGGGGACGCUGUUUUGCACUUGUCACAGCUUAGGAGCCUUUCGAGAGUGUUCUCAGGUUCCAAGAUGGUCUAAAUCCCAAAGUGACCUUUUAGUGGUCCUGAGGCAUUCCCCAGUGACAUCAGUGGCUGCGUAUUGCUUACAUCUAAAUAAAAUACUCUGUGAUUUCUGUGUAGCUUGCCCUAGCUGUUUCUACGUUUUCAAGGGCACUUAACUCAGGUGGCAUUUCAGCCCAUGGUUUGCAGCAAUUGACAAGGAAGUCUGACACUUGCUGCUGAUGGAAUGAUUUCCUGCAGGCAGUCAAAGGCCACAGAUGGGUCGUUUCUUAAGCUCAUUAGAUUUCAGACUUGCCGUUAGACAAACACCCUUUUCAAUAACCACAGUAGCUAUGACUUAAGUGUCAGGUACCUUGCUACCUGCUGCAUGUCCCAUUGAAGACUCAGGACCCUGUGAAGCAGGUGCUCUUACCCCCAUGAGGAAACAGAGGCCCAGAGAGGUUGAGUAACGGGCCCAAAGUCACACAGCUGGGUAAUGGCAGGACCGAAAUGCCAAUGUGGGCAGUCUGCACACAGAGCCUCUGCUCUCACCCACUGGGCCAGAGUGCCUGGGCCCUGGGCUGAUAACGCCUCAAGUUUGGAGGCAUUUCUGGUUCAUGGAAACCUCUGGAAGAUCAUGGAGCUCCAUGCCAAGGAUAGAGUAGGGGAUGUUGGUGGAGGUGGCCUUGCAUGUGGGGAGAAUGUGCUCGAGAGGCUGCUCUGCAUGACCACCUCUUACUGAUUGUCCCAGCACUACACCCCAAAGAAGGAUUGCAGAGCUCAAACCCUGGGCACAAACCAGGAUGGGUGUCCCUGUAGACGUCGGUCAAGGAAAGUAAGCCGUGGGUGAGGCCAGUGGCUAAUACCCUGACACGGCAUGCCCGGGAAGGCAGAUGGUGUAUAACGGGUCUGUCUGUGCGGUGAGGGGCAUGGGUCCAGGCUGAGGAGAGGCAGGAAGAAGGCUGCCUUCUCCUCCGCAUCAAUCUGCCAGGUGGUGGUGGGUCACCUAGCUAACCCAUUCACCCAAGCAGCAACCUGCCAUGUGCCUUCUGGUGACCAACGGCAUGGCCACGUUAGGGUCUCUGAGGAGGACCUGGCUGUGACAGCAUGAAAAGGAUGAUGUGACGGUGCCCUUGACCAUGGAUGCCCGUCCUGGACUUUGCUGAGUGCUUAAAAGCACAAAUCCGUCUUAUUCAGAGCCCUCAAGGCCAAUGGACUCCGAGAAUGAGCUCUGACCUUCUCUAGUUGGUACGCGAGUGUAGGUCUGCAAACCCCAGGAGGCUGAGGACAAGAGAACUCAUGGUUUGCACUGAAUGUUUGGCUUGUUACUUUAAACCCAUAUACGAGUGUCCACUUUCGCAGUGAGAUGACUGUGUGUGGACCAGAAUGUUGGUGUGCUCACAGGUCAUUGUGGGGCCUGGCUCUAUAUUAGGUCCCUUGCUGGUUAUGUUGUGAUGUCACCCCAAGAAGCAUGAGCCCCUUUGUGAUGUCCUGAGCUGCAAUGUUAUCAAGGGGCACUGCUGGCCACGCUGCCCUCUCAUGUGCACAUGACGGAAGGACAUGCCGCCACUUAGUACAGCUAGAGAGGAGAAAAGUCAUCCAACAGGCCAGGGGCCCGACAUCGGGAUGACGCCUUUUCCUCCAGAAACAAGGGCUCCCGCAAUUGGCUCAGAGAGCUACGCUCCUCCAGUAGAUGUCUCACUCACCCUGACCCAGCUGGUGUCAGCUGGGCACCCUGACUUCAGGCUGCUGCUUGAAGAAAUUGCUUUCCAAGCUUUGCACGAAGAGCCUUGGUUCAAAAGGCCUUGCACGCCUGUAUGCCCUAUCAGGGGAGAAGGCAGUCUCCUCUCUCUGCUCUUUCCUGAGAACUGGACAGUCGUCCACAGCAAUCAGUUUGCAUCAACUUGGUGGGCCGCUGGUGGGACGUGCAUAGGUAUCGAUGAGAAACUGUUUCGAAAGGAGAUUUUGGAGAGAGAUGGCCCAAACAAAGUGUUUGAAACAGACCGUAUGAAGAGUUUCAUCUGUCAGAUUAACCUCGGGCCUGGAUUGCCGUUGCUAGUUGCGAUCAACUCCUUUGUGACUUGGAGUUUCUCUUUCUCUUUAAAUGUUGAACCUCAGUUCCGGUUCGACUACAGUCCCUCGUUUAGGAGAGACUGCCCUCACCUUCUCGUGAGGGUGAAGAGGCGAGCAGGUAUUAAACCUGCACCGAGGCUGAUGGAGAGCAAGCCCAAAGCCCUGAGGAUUCCUCAGCACCUACAGCCACUGAGCCACAAGACGACCUCCCAGACUCUAAGGAGCACAACCAGGAGACUCCGAUCGACUGAGAACUUGACAACCCUACCUCUCAGGUCAGGAGUGACUCUGCCCUUCCAGCCACUCUUGGGACGGCAGCCAAGCCCACCGUGACAGAUCCCAAUGUUGCCAUAGACCAGCCGGGCCGAGGCCAGCCUGAGGGCACCCAGGCUCCCGUCGUUCUCAUGGCAGACAUCGCCAUGCCGGGUGAGUGCCCCUGGUCUGUUUCACCUUGCCUUCCAUCUGGAUGAAUUUCUGUGGGCCUGUGGUGGCCUUGCAGCCAUGCCUCCUGGGUUCCUCAUUGUGCCAACCACGCAGCUCCCUGUGGCCGGAUGGCUGCCUUUGUGCCACCCCUGGAUGCCCGUCGUGGCUGCUGCACCUGCCACCCCCGUGAUUGUGACUCCUCAUCCCCCGAGUCUGUUCCACUGCUGUCCCGACUGCCAUUGUUUCCCAGAAUACCUGCCACCUGCUGACAGUCCCCCAGAGUACCCAGACCAUGCAGACUACAACAGAUAAAGGCAGUCAUUUUGUCACAAAUGUGCAGGUCAAUAAAAAGUAUGAGGGAAUGAGCAACUUUCUGCUGAACAAAAGCGUUCGUCGCCUCUGUCAUGUUUCUUUCUUGGCAGUUGAGGACUGCUCGGAUAUUCUCUGCUGGCAUGGGAAAGAACUGAACGUCCCACCACUCCUGGCAUAAGGCAGGCACCUAGGAGACACUCACGUGAGCCCCUCAGACACUUUUCAUCCACUUUGAAGUGCUUGACAAGUACAAGAACCAAGCGUCGGUGGCCUAAUGAUCACAAUGGCACUGCUUUCCUGGCCGUCCAGACACAACUUUCUGUCAUGUCGGUGCCUUUGUCGAAGAGGAUCUUCAUCUCACAGAGGAGAAGAGAUCCAGUCUCACCUUGUAAGAGGACUAACAAGUGCCCUCACUGUUCUGUGACAAGCAGACAUGGAGCAGACAGUCACGGCCAGACUCCCACAGGUGUCACCUUAGAGGGGGCUCCUCAGCGUCUGCACCACAGGAUCAACAAUCGGCUUUUACUGCACGUACUGGAUCUGGUGACUUCUCGGUUUUUCUUCCCUUUUGUUUGUUUUUUUUCCUUCUUUCUUUUUUGAGUUAAACAUUUCAAGGGUGUCAUGUUUCAAUUUAGGGAGAAACCUCUGGUUGCUGGAGUGUGGGCUCAUAAUACAUGCCCUUGUCGAUGAGCCUCUUUAAAGAGUGUUUGUCUUCGGGAGCAUAAGAAAUACACUUCCAUGUUCUUGCUGUAGAAAUAAUCGGGUGUAGACACCAGAAGAGCUCUGAAAUCAGGUGGAGGGGAAAGUGCAAAUGGCGAUCCAGCAGGACCAAAAGACACCGCUCCCCCCUCCUUGUUUUGAUCUGACAGCAGGUAGACAGUCCCGUGAGGAGGGGGAAGCCUGGUAAGAGAAUGCACACGUGGCAGUGGAGCUCAGGAGGACUGGCAUCCUGGGUCUAGCUCUGGUCUGCGGUGAUUCUCCCUGCCCCACCCUGCUCACUGAGAAAUCCACACUCACACAUGGGUGCUCAUCCCCUUUCCAACAUUCGUUCAUUUGGGACUCCUUGGCUUUUAAGAAGUACCUUUUUCAUCUUUACCUUGGACUUCCAUGGGUCUCCUGAUCUUCAAUCACACGGAGAUGCUGCUGUCUAAGAGCCACUUACCUAUAAAGUUAGGCCCAUGUGAGACUUGCUUACAUGUAAGUCUACAUAGAAAGGGGCAGAUGUGCAGGAUUGUACUGUUGAAUUAUCUGCCUUUCGAAAAGGGCAUGGUUUUAUUUACAAAAUCUGGACGGCAUGAUGUCAGUAACAGACCAGUUCCGUACUUCAUUCCUACGGCUUACUCAUGUCUAGAUUGUGAACCUCACAUCUGUUAACUGUUAACUGAAACUGGCUGACCUUGAGGCCUUCUGGGCUAGGGCAGAGGCAGCAUUCUAAGCUCACCCACAAGUCAAGGGACCCUGAAAGGCUUUCAUGGGCUGGGCCAUGACAGCCAAAUAAAGUCUUGAAAUCAACUCGUGCUAAGGGGACCAGAGGAAGGACCAGGCUGGUCCAGAGCCCUGGAUUUUACUUUUGUUCCCAGGGCAUCACAGGUGACAGUGUCUAGGAAAGUGAAAAUGCAGUUCAACCAGAAAGGGUUGCCGAGAGUGGGCUGCAUAGAAUGUGCUCCAAAGUACAUAAAAUGUGACAUCUGAUGCGUAAAGUCGAAGAGCCAGAUGAUUUUGGUGAUGGCAGACUCACUUCCCACAAGGCAUUGCCCAAGCCUCCUCUAGCUCAGGGGUCAGCUCUGUUCCCCAGUGCACCCCCACCAUCUCCUCUAGGUUCCUUUUUUCUCAGUCCCUUCUUGGGUGAAGUUGUCUACAGCCAAACCAUGACCGGAGGGAGGGUGGAAGUGUCAGAGGCUUUAACCCACUGAAUGACCAACCCCAGGAAAAAGAAACACUGUCAUUAUCUGUCCUGUAGUGCAUCUUCUGGAAAUGUGCACACCUCCUUCUGCCUGUGUGCCCGUUAGGGAUGGGGACAAUUAUGUCCACAGUCAUUGUGAUGGUCGUCAUAUGAAACAGGGGACACCCAUGCCAUAGGGACCACCCGGGUGCUCUGAGUCACUGCCCCAAAGAUGGAUAUUGGUGGUCACGUGGUUAUAGAGCAGUGGAGGGAGCAGCGAUUUGUGAGAGAGCUUUCUUAGGAGAGCUGAAAACUGGUUCCCCAGUAAAGCCAUAGAAAUUCCCACAUAAGUCCCCAAGGAGAGUGCUACUCACCUAGGGUGAUCCCCCUCCUGGGGACAUGUGUCAAGGUCUGGACAUAGUUUUGGUUGUCCCGACUAGGGAGGUGGGGAGGGAAUGCUACUGACAUCUGGAGGGCAGAACCCAGGGAUGCUGGUAAAUGGGCUCCAGUGCCCAGGACAGCCCCCAUGCAAAGCAUGAGCCAGCCCCCGAUGCCCACGGUGCCACUGUGCAGAGCCCCUGUCCUAGAACGCCACUCGCAUGUCCUCAUCUCUCAACCUAGCUCCUCAUCCUUCCACCAGAUCCAGGUCACGAGGCCUCAGUUUCCAGGCAGGAUCAAGGGAAAAGCAUUCAUGCUCCCCUUCCAUAGAAACACGAGUUGAAAUGUCCGGGUAAACACGAUGACCGUUCAGGCAAAAAUGUGACAAGUUCAGGUGUCCGGGGUGGUAGAAUCAAUGGCACUAAUAGGGACUUUAUUUCAGGGAAGUAUUGGGGCUCUUUAAGGCACAGGCUGACAGCACAUGAACAUUUGAAAGACCCCUCAGCUCUUAGGAAACAGCUAAAUGGCAGGUGGCAAGGAAACAUUAGUUUCUUUGUUCUUAGCUAAAUUUCCUAAAUGCUUAGAUUCUUCUCUUAAAUUCUUCAACUCUUAAAUUCUCAGUUCCUCAGCUAAAUUUAAAAAACGAGUUGACAGUACAACAACGUCAAGCAUUUGGAGCACACUGGGCCUAGCUUGUGGUGACUGACACUCGCCAGUGUUCGGGUGAGUGAGCUCUCUGUGGAGGACAACUGUUGCGGGGUUGGUGUGAACCUUUACGAGGGUCUCGUCCACGUCCACAACCAAGCAGAGUCUCUCUGGCCUGGAGACAAGGUGCAGAGACAGGCCCCAGUUUACCACCUUUAGACUGCAGGAGAACCUCAGCCAUGGGCAGAGGAGGGGGCCCACAUUGCCAGUGACAGAUCUCCCAGAUGGGGCCUUGGAGGUCUGGGCCAGUGUGCUCGCCCCCGGACCCCGUGCAAACCCCCCAGCGGGGGAGCCUCUUCCCACAGAGUGGUCCUGGCGAAGUCUGAGCUGCUCUUCGGGAGCACCCCAACUGCUCAAGCACCUCUAACAUCCGUGCUGGUGCUGGGAUCCUGCAAGGAGAGCUGGGGACCAGGCCAUUGCAGGGACAGGAGUCACAGGGCUCAGCCGGGCCCCAGGUGAAUCUCACUGCUAGCCUCCCAGGAGCCCCGGUGAAGGGGUGCAGCGCAGCCACGUGCCCACCUCCUAGGCCUCUCUCCUCCCCUCUGACAGGGGCGUUUAGAACCAGGCCACUCCCGUGUUCUUGCAUCCCCCGAGAGCACCUCGUGCCAUCAUGUACAGACAGGGCCAGGGAAAUAGUCUCGCCAGACUACUAGGGAGGAAAGGCCCCAGGGGAUUUGUCCUCUCACCCUCCCAAGUGCAGCGGGAGACUCAAGGCUCGGCGUCAUGUGUUCUUGCUGACAGAGGCUUAUGCAAGUUGAGACUGCCUACGUUCUCAUCCUUCCUCCUGACCACCUGUUCACAUAUUAGUACCCUCCCUUCCUGCCUCAGUGAGUGUGAGGAGCACAAGUGAGGCAGAAGGCACCAGGGUGAUACAAACGGGAAGAAUUUUCCCCCACGACAGAUGUGGGAGCCUGGGCUGAAGCCCUGCUGGGCCCUGGGCCAGAGCAAGAAGUUUGUUUUGGAAUCUUUAAGUAGCACGUCUGUCGACAGCGGCCCCCUAUUCCACCCUGAAGGGGAGGCUUCUGUCCAGCCAAUUGAAGCUGGUAUUGUCAGCCUCUCGGAUCCUCAGUAGACAGGCAAAUACCACGUCACCUCACUGGCCUUCCUGGGUAGGGCAGCAGUGAAUACUCACUAGGAUAGCUGACACUUAAGCCUGUGACAGCUGAAACUUGUCAGUUUUACCUUUUUCAUAGGCACGCUUCUGAGACCUUGACACACCUUCUUGCUGUCAAAAAGAGGAGCAUCUGUACACCACGUCCUCACUCCUUAUUGACCUGGGACCUGCACAACAAAUGCUCACUUUGCUGUGGGUGAUGAUGGUUCAGGGAUCCCCUCAGCAGCCACUGAGACACAUCAGCAUGCUGCCCUGAUCGUCAGCCCAGGGUGCUAGACCCUUCCAUCAGCUGCUGCCACGCUUCCCUCAGUGGCUGGCUGUUCUCAUACAGGAUGCAGCGUGGCCUCUGAGCUCCCAGCACAUCGUCUACACAGAAUUGACUGACUAAGCUGUCACUGUUCGAUGGGGACGUUCUGGAAAUGCACUGGGUCCCAGCUAGGGGUGACACUCCUAAGCCUGUGCUGAAAUUAAUAAAAGGAACCUUAACUAAAGUGGAGUCAGGAACACCUGAAUGGGGAGCUCUCACACCCUAUCGUACAUCCUCAAUUACACCAAACAAGAAGAGACAUCUGGCUUGCAUCUCGGACAGGAAGUAAAGCUACUUUACUACUGAAGGAAGAUUUCUCUCCCCACCCAGCAACAGCCCAGCCAAUGAGAAAUGCUGCAGCUCAGCCAAUGAGAAGCCAUUGCCGCCCUGAACUAUUAAGUUCCCCCAAUUGACUUUCCUUUGCGAAACCCUCCCCUGCUUUUUCUCUAUAAAAGCAGCUCCCCUCCUUGGUUUUCCCGACGUGCCUAUGGUUCCCCAUGGCAUGCCCUUCCUGAAUUGCAAUUCUUUUGGCUAUUUCCGAAUAAACUCUGUUUGAGAUAAAAUAACA